GCUGAGCCCCACUGGUACUCAUUCGUUCAAAAUCUUCAUUGAACGUGUCACAGAACCUCAUGGAGCCUCUACCAUAGAGCUGAACACUGCUCUCGGCUAAUGGCCGGGCCCAAGAGGCCCACGCAAGACGAACACAGCAUGUUCCCCGAGUUCUAGCACCUUACAGAACGUACGCCUGACCGCUAGACCAGUUGGCAGGCUGACCGGAAUGGCCCAGUAUGGGCAAGGGUAGGAAUGGCGACAGGAGCAAACUCCCAGAGAAAGUGGGGGGGGGGGGGCUUGACUAAGCGGGGACACCCCAACCGCUCCGAGACACAGGCAGCAAGGGUGAGUUCCGGAGGGGUUAAGACACUUGGUGGUGGCCAGACGGAGACGCUGACUAUUCCCAUCGGAGAGGCGGGGGCGGGCGUGCCGGAAGUGGGCCGGGAGGAAGACGAGGCUCAUCUCACAGAAUGGGAAGCUCGUGAAACAGAUUUCCAGGUGGUCACACAUUUGGAAAGUGAUCCGUCUGCCUGGCCGUGUGCUCGCCACCCCCCCCCCCCCAAGAACACUCAGCUGCUUCCGCAGAGGUGCCUGCCUGAUCGGGCUCUGGGCUUUCUUGCUCCAGUUGGUGAAAGUUCCGUGUUAUUGUCCAAGUUAUAUGGCCCACAAGGAACAUUCUAUUUUACUUCACAUUCACCUGGCGAACACAUCAUUUGCUUGGAAUCUAACUCUACGAGGCUUGUGUCAUUUGGAGGGAGUAAGCUGCGGAUUCACUUAGAGAUCCGAGUUGGACAACACGACCUUGAUGCAGCCGCUGCUCAAGCGAAGGACAAAGUUAAUGAAGUUAGCUUCAAGCUGGAACGUCUAAUUGAGCAAAUUGAGCAAAUAGUCAAAGAACAAAACUAUCAAAGGGACCGUGAAGAAAAUUUUCGAAUGACCAGCGAAGAUACAAAUAGCAAUGUGUUAUGGUGGGCUUUUGCACAAACACUAAUCUUCAUCGCAAUUGGAAUUUUCCAAAUGAAACACCUUAAAGACUUCUUUAUAGCUAAGAAACUUGUUUAAGAUGUUAACAAAGAAAACUACUUGCUAAUUUGCAUAAUGUUUGGUUAAUAAAUCAGUAUGUAUUCAUAA